AUGGCUGAUCCAAAACCCGAGGAAAUAAGUCAUCAUCCAAUGGACCAACUUCAAGGCUUAGAGUAUUGUAUUGAUUCUAAUCCUUCUUGUGUGGAGGCAAUAGCAUUGGGAUUUCAACACUAUGUUUUGGCACUAGGGACAUAUGUGAUGAUUCCUUCCUUUCUUGUUCCUUUGAUGGGUGGAACUGAUGGUGAUAAAGUGAGGGUAGUGCAGACUCUGCUCUUUGUUGAAGGAAUAAACACACCGCUACAAAUGCUAUUUGGAACAAGAUUGCCAACAGUUAUUGGAGGUUCAUGGGCAUUCAUGGUGUCUAUAAUUUCAAUAAUUCACGAUUCAUCCUUGGAAAGAAUCCCCGGCCCUCAUGUCAGAUUUGUUAGUACGAUACGUGCAAUACAGGGUGCACUCAUAGUAGCAUCAAGUGUGCAGAUUAUUAUGUUAGGUGAUGUGUGGAGAUUGGCAUUCCAAUGCUCAUCUUAUUUGUUGCCUUCUCUCAGGAUCAAAAUCCCAUACGUUCUUGAGUGGGGUGCACCUACCUUCGAUGCUGGACAUGCAUUCGGCAUGAUAGUUGCCGUACUAGUCUCCAUGAUUGAGGUAAAACCUAAAGCAUUUUUGGAAAUUUCAGACUUACCAAAUGUCUCAAUACUUUCAACUGAAUUUUUUUUGCUGAAGUCAACUGGAGCAUAUUUCCGUCGUAGAGCUAAUCGUUCACAUACCCCUCCUCCUGCUCAUGUGCUUAGCCAUGGAAUUGGCUAG